GUAUAUCGAUAGGCAUGCAUAUGAUGGCUCCGCACACCAAGAAUCUGUUCAAACGGGCGAUCCUCCAGAGCGGGAGUCCAAUGCUGUUGAGUCAGGUCUACACUCGCGGCCAGAAAACGGCCGAAGAGUUUGUGAGUAAAAUCGGUUGUUUGCCGGAAGGGACAGACAUAUACGACGGCGUGGAGUUGAUUGUCCGCUGCAUCGAUUCCACACCACUCAAGAAGAUCUCGGACGCGCAGCAGGCAAUGGUGGUCAACAAUCCCGUCCCAUUCCUGCCCACAAUUCCCUCCGAAUAUAUCGACACUUUUCCCACACAAGACAACGAGAAUAUAACUGUCGAACAAAAAGAGUUUUUGGUGGGAUUUAAUCGCGACGAGGGAUCAGUUAUCCUACACUUAGCCUAUCCUAAGGAAUAUACGCGACAAACGGUUCCAGCGAUGACCACAUUAGAGGAGGCGCGCAACGCGAUGGUGAAGAUGGCAGUGGACGGCGGUUUCCCCGAAUCGCAGGCCAAGAGUAUGGCAACGGUUUUGCUGAACGGCAACGAAACCGAUACGCCGGAGAACUGGGCCCGAAAGAUAGGCGCCGUCUUCGGCGACAUAAUGUUCAUCUGCCCGACGGCUACUUUUGCCGACAAAAUGUCGGCCCAGAAUCGGACGGUAUAUCUGUAUGAGUUGACCCAUCGGUCCCACAGCUCUGUUUGGGGCCAAUGGAUGGGAGUCACGCAUCACGACGAACUCAAUUACGUGUUUGGAGUCCCCCUCCGCUAUCCCAAUAUGUUUGACGGCGAAGACAUCAACUUCUCUAAGAGGCUAAUGAAGACGUGGACUCAUUUCGCCAGAACUGGAUCUGUAUCGCCGAUUGAUUACCAGAACGACUGGCCUCCAUAUGACUCCACUAAACCCUAUAUGGAUUUAAACACGAAAAAUGCAUACAUUGGGCACCGCUAUCACGAGGAGACCUGCAAUCUAUACAACGCUCUCAUCGAGUAUUUCAGUAGAUAAUAGAAAUACUAUUUAAUUUAAUUCAACGUUAAGAUACAUCGAAAUAAUAUUCAGUUAAUAUUUAAAUGAAAUAAUAGUUUGCUUUUCAAUAAUUUAGUCAAAAGAUGAGGAAAAAUAUUGAAAAAUAAAACUAUUUUAAAACAUUUAAAACACUUGAAUACCUGAUAAAAGUGACGGGUUUUUGUACCUUUCGUAACACAACCAUUAGCUGAUAUAAUGAUGAGAUUUGUUCAUAUUUUAAAUAUUAU